UGUAAGACGAAGAAGACAACAAACCAAUGGAGUGACCGUCAUUUCAUUGCUUUGCUGUGUCUGUCAGCUAACCAAAAAACGACUUUAAUCGCGAUUAACUGACGUGUAUGUGUCCCAUGAGCAGUGGACAAUGUCUACCCGGGCUUUGCGAAGGCUCAAAGGGAAGCAGCGGGGUCAAGAGGCCCUGGACGCCGUGGAUCUCACUUUAGAUAACAGCCCGGAGGAGCAGCUGGACAGGGCUAGUGUUUCCCCCCCGUCUGAUAGCAAAGGCAGAAAGGCAAAGAAAAACAAAGCUCAGAAAAACUUCAGCAACAUUUAUGAACUGAUAUGUGAUGCAGACAAUGAGGCAGAGGUAAUCUCACCUGAUGAAGAAGCAGAUAAACCAGAUGAAAAUAAAACAAGUGGCACAGGAAAAAAGGAUCACAUUGAGAAAACAGAUCAAAAGCAAGAGAAUGCAUCUACUAAGCCGUCUGGAGACAGAGUUAAAAAGAAGAAGAAAAAGAAGAAGACCAAAGUGACAACAGAAGGACAGGAGGCUGUACCAGAGGAUAACAUUGAUUUAAUACUGGAGAAUCUGGAGCAGUCCAGUGGACUAGGUUUGCAAAAUGAAGAUUGCGGAGGCUCCGACAGAAGAUCUGUGCUACAUGUGGAGCACAGGAACCUCAACCCAGAGACGGAGCUGAAGAGAUAUUUUGGGGCUCGAGCUGUUCAGGGGGAUCAAAGAACUCGACAGAGAAACAGACAGUUUCACCGUAGCACCUGGAUGACCAGUCCUAAAGACAGCUGGCCUCGCUUUAGCCGCCCAGGAAUCUCAAUGACCCUACUGCAGACAAAGGAUGGCAUUCAGUACUUCACCUUUGAGCAUGGUCGGGACUACCAACAAAUACAGUUCAAGUUCCUGGAUGCUGUCGAAUCCAUGGAUCCCAACAACAUUGUGGCCUUGUUGCAGUUGAACCCCUACCACAUUGAUUCUUUGUUGCAGCUCUCUGAUGUCUGCCGCAUUCAAGAGGAUCAGGAGAUGGCAAGGGACCUCAUUGAGAGGGCUAUGUACAGCUUUGAGUGCGCCUUUCAUCCUUUAUUCAGUCUGACCUCAAGUACCAGCAGACUGGAUUAUCUGCGAACAGAGAACAGGGCAUUUUAUCUGGCGCUUUAUAAGCACAUGAUGUUCCUGGAGAAGAGAGGCUGCCCACGGACGGCUUUGGAGUACUGCAAACUCAUCCUGAGCUUGGACCCAGACUCUGACCCCCUUUGCAUGCUGCUGCUUAUUGAUUUCCUGACGCUGCGCUCCAGAGAGUACCAUUCUCUCCUUCAGUUACAUCAGGAGUGGGAGGAGCACAGAAAUCUGUCUCAGCUGCCAAACUUUGCAUUCUCCACUGCACUUUGCCAUUUCCAUCUCAGUCAGCAGGAAGAUGUGGAUCCUGACGAAAGUGAGAAAGAAAGACAAAAAGCCGAUCAGCUGCUGCAGGACGCUCUCAUCAUGUUUCCUGGAGUCUUGAUUCCUCUACUUGAUCUGUGUACUAUGCAGCCAGAUGCCUCAGUCAGCUCACAUGUGUUCUUUGGCCCAAAGAGCCAGAUGGGGCAGCCCCCGGCCCUGGCUGAACUGACCGCUCUGUAUGUUGGGAGGACGCACAGCCUGUGGAGGGAGGCAGCGGUAAUGCUUUGGUUGGAAGAGUCUGUGAAGGAGGUGCUACGUCGAGUUGAUGCCAAAGACCCUUUGGUGGAGGAGUGCCAAAACAAGAGGAAGCAGAGGUACCAGAGUGCACCAAGGAACAUCCAUCGGCACGUCCUUCUCUCUGAGAUCAAAGAAGCCACCUCAAGUCUUCCUAUAGAGGUGACUAGUCAGCCUGUCAUGGGCUUUGACCCUCUGCCUCCGCUGGACUCUGUGAUGUCGUACACUCGACCAGAGAGGCAACACGUUGGUGCCACCAAUGAGAGUACAUUGUCGCUGUUUUUCCGGUCUUUGUUGCCAAACUUCAAUCUUCAGGGUGGACCGAGGCAGGAGGAUGAGUUGGAAGUGGCUCGCGCCGGACAGGAGCUGAACCAGGAAGUGAAUCGUCUGAUGGUAGCAAUGAGAGACAUGCUGGCAAACAUCAGGUUUCAAGAGCCGCCGAGAGACGACAACCCCUACAGGGAUGAGGAAGAGUGGGACUGAGAGGAGAGAGCCGAGGUGGAAAAUAAUAAUGACAUUAAGAAAAAUGAAAAUAUUUAAUGGGGUUAAUAAAUAAUUUAGAAGAGCUGACGUGGGACAACUGAAUAGUAUUUUUUAAAUUAUCACAAUUUCAGAGAACUGGACUGGACCUGGUUUUAUGAGGUCGUCCAGUUCUCUGCCUUGUAUGAAAACAGAUGGUUAUGAACGUGUCAUGGCCCUUAAGGUUCUAAACUAAAUUUAGCAGAUCCAACAUCUUCAGUCAUUGUCAGUGACAUAUAAUGGCCGCUACUCUUUCCUCUGGUUUAUGGCUUUCAGAGACAAUGGACCGAGUUAUAUCAACUAUAAACAAAGUUGAAACAGUUCUUAUGUUGAGUGGAAGUUUUUGUAUUACAGAUUCUAAAUUAAGCUUGCCAACAGUUAAUGUUUACUUUUGUUUUUUCACCACUGUUCAGUUUUUAUUCUCACAGACUUGGGCAGAUGGCUUUUAUGGGAAAUUAGUUCAACAACUUCCAUCCAAAAUCCAUGUUAACUUUCCCAUGGCUUAAAAAUGUAGAGCGGAAAACGGAGAGCUAAUUACACAUCUUUUUUUAUGUAAUUAUAUAUACAAUAUUAACCACCUUUUGUGUUUUUAAAAAGCACAUAUACUGAAAGGCAUACCCCUCCUCAGACAAUUGUGCCUCCUAGCAAAAAAAAACUUCUACAAAAAAAGUCAUUUCUGGUGGGAUUUAUAAUCACAACUGAAUCUUGGUGAGAUCCUGUUGGGAUUGAUAACGUUGAUGCAACUCACAUGCAUCUAAUUUCCCCUCAACAGGAAUGAAGUGUAGUUGAGAUUCCUGCUCAUUUAAGCUUUCACUAAAUUGAAAUAUCACUUUUUCUGUGAUCCUAUCACUACAUUAUUCAAGGAAAAACAUAUUGCUUAAGUGUUUAGUUUUUUUCACGUUGUCCUUUCUUAGGAAAACCACUGUCUGAAACUGAUCACAUUUUCAUUGGGCUUCCAGCCUGUGUUUUUCAUUUUGGUGUAAAUGUUACCUUCACUGCAGGAAGUCUGCUGUUUCACUGCUCUGUUAUGCUCACCCCCUCCUACUCUGUUUGCUCGAUUCUCAUUUUUGUGAGAUUUGUACCGAACUUCACCCAAUAAAAUGGUACAGAGAGUUGA